ACUUUUCAACUUUUGAAAUCUGGCCGAAUAAUUUGACCGCUGAAUAAGAAAAUGAAGAUAUUUUGGUUAAAUUUCUAGCUGUGGCUUUUGAUUACUAAGAAUGGGGGAAGAAAUAGAGAUGUAUAGAGAUGUGGAGGAUGACAAUUCUCGGGGUUUGCGGCACUCACUGGUUCUCUUCUGGAUGCGAACAUGGAAUCAUAAUCACUGUAAGUUUACGAUUGAUGCCAACAGAUCCCGUUUGAUUGGUUGUGAUGAAGAAGAUCAAAGAACACUUUUACAUUACUGGAGUCACUUUGCCAAUUCUGUUAUUUCAUCAGCAUAUGCCGGUGACAUCCCUAAGGGAGUAAUUAAGCGCGUAUUUGAUAACAGUAGCGCAGAGAUGAGUCCUAACAUCAAAUAUUACUCUGAAGAAGAAUACCCACACCGAGAUUUUGCUCUCACUUGUGGUAUUCGUGCUUCUUUCUGUUUCCUUCUCUCUCCCAUUGGGGUUAUGGAAAUAGUUUCCACUCGCAACCAGGACGUUGGAACACUCCACACAUUUUAUACAUCUUUAGAGAAAUGGGGCUACUCGAGUUAUAACUUCAGACACAGCGAAAAAAACACCAGAACUAGAGCAAAAGUACAAGCGGGCUGGGUAGUCUAAUAUCUUCCUACUUUUGAUCAUACAAUUUGGAUGUGUGAAGUGAGCAUAUGACUUUUGAAUUUUGUACCAGGAGGUGUGAUACUUCGUACUAGUUUUAGGCUAGUAUUGUAUAAAGUUGGCUAGUCAAAAUCUUGAUUUUGGUAGUUGCUGCUAUGUAUAGGCUGCAGACCUGGGAACCUCCCCUGAUUUGUAAAAUCUUGUAAUGAUCUAACUUGAAGGUUUUU